CUGAAUCAGCAAAUUCAAACGAAAAAAACACCAGAAUCUUCUUGUUCUUCCCUCUUGUUUGUUUUUAACGUUAUUCUUGUUUGUUGUAGUCUUUGCUUAGGGUUGCUGUUCAAAUGUGUGCUGCAACAAACACCCUCUUUUACUAGGUCACAUUUCAAUUAGGCUUUCUAGGUCAUUAUAUAUACACCACAUAGAUCUUGAUUCAAAGAGGGAUCAUUUUGUGGCUUGCCCUUUUCAACUUGUGAGAUGUUGAAAUUGGAAGAUAAUGCUGAUCUGUCUGGUGGAUAUCGGGGAACAUUUUCCGGGGCUGGUUCUUGGACUGAUAGGUCACCUACGAGGUCCAUUUCGAGGCCAAGAUUUAAUAGUAAGGCACGGGCUCUUUUGCCCCCUCUUCAGCCCCUUUCGAUUUCCAGAGGAUUUGGUGAGGAAUGGCCAAAAGCGGGGUCUGAUGAUCUUGGCGUUUGGCCAUAUCCCUCGACUCCUGGGGUGAGAAUUGAGUCGGUUAAGCUUCCUGGCAGCAAUUUGGGGUUGGAGAAGUCGCCUGGAGGAUUUGAGUCUGAGAAAGGCAAGCUUGCUUUCUUUGAAAAUGUAUGUUCAAAGAUCACUGAACAUAUAUAUUUGGGAAGUGAUAAGCUUGCUAAAAACCGUGAAGUACUCAAGCAGAAUGGGAUUACCCAUGUGUUGAAUUGUGUUGGAUUGGUUUGUCCAGAGUAUUUUAAGGGUGAUCUGAAGUAUAUGACACUUUGGUUGCGGGACAGCCCUUCUGAAGAUAUCACAAGUAUCUUUUAUGAUGUGUUUGACUACUUUGAAGAUGUACGAGAGCAAGGAGGGAAAGUAUUUGUCCAUUGUUCCAAGGGGGUCUCUCGAUCGAACUCCUUGGUUAUUGCAUAUCUCAUGUGGAGGAAGAAGCUUAGCUUUGAAGAUGCAUUUCAACAUGUGAAAGCAGCAAGAGGUGUGACUAAUCCAAAUAUGGGUUUUGCUAGCCAACUUUUGCAGUGUCAGAAGCGCGUACAUGCUAUGCCUGCAAGUCCAAGUUCAGUUCUAAGGAUGUUUAGGAUGGCUCCUCAUUCACAAAAUGAUCCUAUUCAUCUUGUACCAAAGUUAUUAAGCAACCCCAGUGCUGAUGACCUUGAUUCUCGCGGGGCAUUUAUUGUCUAUAUCCCUGCUGCUAUAUAUGUGUGGGUUGGUAAGAAUUGUGUUUCGGUGAUGUCAGAUAAUGCAAAGAUAGCUGCCUUGCAGGUCAUCCGAUAUGAGAAGGCACAUGUUUCAAUUAUGACAAUUAGAGAAGGUGCAGAAACAUCGGAAUUUUGGAAAGCUCUUGGGGCUGGACAAGAUUUAGUAGAUGAUGACUGCCACAAAGCAGCUACCAAAAGGCAAAGGUACUAUACUACUGAUUUUGACAAGACAAGUGCUCCUAUAUGCCCAGGUGGUGGCGAAAGAAAUGUUAAAUCGUAUGAUGCAGAUUUUGAGAUUUUCCACAAAGCACUUGAUGGUGGAUAUGUUUCCCCUGCCUUGUCUGGAACCAGAUCAGAGACCCCUCUUCCUGCAAGAGAAAAUAGGUGGGGCCAAUUGAAGUGGAAGUUCGCAGAAGAUGCUAUGAAAGAGCUCACUACUCUAUCCAAGGCGAGUUCUGAUAUACAUGGAGGACUUGAAUCCUCUGUUUAUCGCAGUGAUCUAUCGCCAGUAUCAUCGAUCCCUGGGUGCAAGUACUUCUCUGCUCUUACCACCGAAAACCAAGUUUGUACAAUUGAUGCUUAUCAAAAAGGUGAGAUUUCGGUUCCUUGUAUUGAUACUUUUUUGUCCUUGAAACCUCCACCCUCUUUGACAAAUACUUUUCCAUGCCUUUUUCCUGGUAACCAAAAGUUAUGUUCUCCCACCCCAACCAUCUCACCUUCGUCCUCUGAUUCAGAUCCAUUUACGCCAUCAUCUUCAUCCUCUAAUGGGUCUACAUUUUCAGUUUUAUCAGCACAACCUUCACCUACUCAGUUAGAACCUUCAAAUCAUUUCCCAGCCUAGAACCAGAACUUGCACGAAGGCGCUUGUUUAAUCUGCGAAGGAACUUGACCAGGAGAUGCUCAUUCUUUUUUAUAUGGUAAAGGAACUUCCCAUUUACGGGUAGGUGCUACUUCUUGUUGCUACACCUUAAAAAAAUCACUUCCUUGUCUUGUAUUCAGACCCUUCAUUGCAGAGGGAGGAAUAUUUCCUUUCGUAUAGUGUUAACACUCAGUUGUUGCACCCACAAGCUAAGGCUUGUCUUCGUUGAUUCAUUUUCACUUGAACUUGGAAGAUCAUAGCUACCAGAUUACAAGAAAGAGUCCGAAUACAGAUGCAUUUCCUGUUCAGUAUGUAUAUCAGGUCAUUAAGGCCUGAUUAAGAAGAUUCACUUUUUCAUGACAAGGACUCCAUGUUAUCUACUCCUGAAAUUUUUUCGGAGCCUGCAUAUCAGUCUCUGUUCAUUCAAGGAGAACUUAACUGACAUGUUUAUAUUGAGCCCUUAUGUUAUGUAAUUUUAAAUCUUCGCAUAGGUAGUUAGAACUGCCAAGAUGAAGGCUUUUUUUUUUUUUUUGAUAAGUGAACAAGAUGAAUCCUGGUUACAUUACAUAGAUAUACUCUAUAUGAUGUUGAUCAAUUGCAAUUAGCAAGUAUCAUUAAAAACCAUGCAAUCUUUUUGUUCCA